GUUAUAUAUGUCGUCUUCCGGUCCAAGGGUUGUUUACAUUCAGAUUCGCCUUCAGACAGACCGAUGGAGAAACGCCUUGUCACCGUAGAGUUUACCCAGGAUAGAUUCGCCAUCGUGCGGAUGAGGAAUGGGCAAAACCGCCUAAAUUUGAUCUUUCUCGAUAGCCUCAAUCAGGCACUAAAUGAGGUCGAGAGAAAUACAGAUUGCAAGGCGCUAAUAACAACAGGAGAGGGCAAGUUCUACAGCAACGGGAUCGACCUGGACUGGAUAAUGUCUCAGGACAGCGAAACGGUUGUCAGGUUCGACAAGGCGCUCGAGAAUACCAUGUGGAGGAUCAUGCAUUUCCCCCUCCCGACUGUAGCGGCAAUAAACGGUCAUGCGUUUGCUGGUGGAGCUUUUCUGGCCAUGUCCCAUGACUACCGGGUGAUGAGGUCAGAUAGAGGCUGGAUUUCAUGGAACGAGACUCAUCUGAAGCUACGUUUAGGUGAUAUGCUUUUAAACCUCCUCAGUAAAAAGGUAUUGGCUAUGAAAGCUAUACGGGAGGCUGUGCUAUUCGGUAAACGUGUUACCGCUAAUGAGGCCAAAGAACUCUUUCUUGUUGAUGCAAUGACCGAGUUAUCGGAGUUGAUACAAAAAGCUAAACAGAUGGCAAUAGAGGCGCUUGGACCUAAUGGGAUCGACAGGGAGAUGUUACAACGAAUGAAGCAGGAUUUAUACGUUAGACCAUCUGGGGAGAAGUCCUUCCUACCAGAAACAAAUCUUAAAGCAUCCAAAUUGUGACAAGUGUGCUGUGUUUAUGUGAAGCUUACCUUUAAAGACUUGCCAGUUAAGAAAACAUUGAACAUAUCACUAAGGAAUAACAAUUACCCUAAGUCUAGAUGAUGAACAGUAAACGCUGUGAUAUAUCACUUGUGAUUUAAUAUACAGACUCUGUGAUACUUCAUAAUUUUAAUGCAAUAUAUUACAUAAUCAGGUCCAUCAUUUCGUGGCAUGAAUGUUUCAGCCCAUAUGAUAGGGCACCUUUAAAUGAGAUAAAGGAUGUGAUAUAGAAUAUUACAUUCCGUAGCUCACACACAGAACAGUAUUAAUCAGUAGGCCGUCGUUCAUCUGUUCCCGACGUCGUUAAUCUGUACCCGAUGUUGUUAAUCUGUACCUGACGUCGUUAAUCUGUACCCAACGUCGUUUUUGCCACACUUUUGUCAUUAUUAUUAAGAACAUUUGUCGAUGUGUAAUAACCCAAGUACAUUGUACAUCUUUAUCUGUCGGUAGAAUUGGUUUAUUACCUGGAGCCACAUAUCUACUCGUGGUUACAUCAAUUUGUGGUUUAUUCGUCCUUCUCCAAUCACUACCAGCUACAGCCUCAAAACAAGACGUGUGCAUGAUAGAAAGUAAGCUUUCCCAGUAACCAGCUGUUAUUAUCAGGUGGUAUCAAUACCACUUCAAAAGGAUGGGAGUUUCUGUCGACUUUCAUGGUUUGAUAACAUAUAAAAACAUAUACAGUGAUCAAUCCUCGGUGCUUAUUGUGAAUCGGAUAAGUCUCUGCGGUCCUGGAAUAACGGCUGGAACAGUCUCGUAUAUUCAAACAGCAAUGUAUGCAUGUAUAUCACACAUUCCACGUAUCACAUCGAUUAUAUCUAUUAGAUUGAUGAUUGCUUUAGGAGGCAUAUUUUACUAUUGUACUUACUCUGAAUCUGAUUUAGACAAUUUGUUUUGAGAUGGAAGAUUUAUAUUUGUAUUUAUUGUUGGUGUAAUAAGAAAUCAAUGUAGGGAGAAUGAGUUAUUGUCGGUGAUUUGUUUACUACAAUUAAUUGUGUUGUGUACAUUUAUUGUUCACGUUGAUAAAAUAUUUGUUAUUAAAAUUAUUUCG